CUCUGCGUUCAUCUUCGACCAUUCUUCUCUCGAAGUUCCAAACACCAAAGCUCCGUUUUCUUCUUCUGGUUCCUUAAACAAUUCUUGGAAUCCUAAAGAGAGGUAAUUAAUAAUUAAGAUGGGGUCAAGAGAUUUAAUCAGCAAUCUGCCAGAUGAGGUACUGAGCAAAAUCUUGUCGUUGCUUUGGACAAAUCGUGCUGCUUGCACAUCGGUUCUGUCGAGAAGGUGGAGGAACCUGCUUGCACUUGUAGACAACCUCGAUUUGAAAGACGCAAGUGGAGCCAAUCAAUACUUCUGCGACUUCGUGGACAGAGCACUUGCACUCUUAAGCAAUUCCACCACCGUCAAGAGAUUCUCUCUUAACUGUCACUUUAAGUAUGAAGAUGCUCGGGUAAACACUUGGAUUCGCACUGUCCUGCAGCGCGGCUUCUUGGAACUUCACUUGGAGGCCGCCUGUAAUCAUUAUAUAGACACUGAGUUCUUCACGAGCAACCAACUUGUUAAGCUCACUAUAUCCGGUGGGUUUAAUCCUUGGGGUCGUCUUCCUCCAGGGGGUGUGUUUUUCCCAGCGCUUAAAUCACUUUCCCUCGUUUCCGUUGAGUUUUUAGAUGAGGACAUGUAUGAGCAUUUCAUCUCUGGCUGCCCUUUGCUUGAAGAACUGUUCCUGCAUUAUGAUUGCCCCAACAUAUCCCAGGCUUUCGUUUCGAGUCCUACCAUCAAACGACUCAACAUCGAUCACCAUUUACAUGGUCUGUACCGUGAGGAGGCUUACGAGGGUUGUUCGUUUCAGACACCAAAUCUUGUCUACCUUGACUAUUCGAGUUAUGUCGCGGAAAGUUAUGUUGUGGCUGAUUUGCGUUCCCUCGAAGAAGCUAGACUCGAUCUUCGAUCCUGGGAGCAACUUACAGAGGUGGAUGACAGUGAUGAGGAUGGUGAUACAGAGGAGGAUAUUUUUGGUGAUGUUAACCAUCUGCUUGCAGGGAUCAGCAAUGUUAAAACCCUUCACCUAUCUUCUGAUACUCUUGAGGUGUUUCACUUGUGCUGUGAUACAAUGCCGGUGUUUCGCAACCUCCUUACUCUAUCUUUUGAGAGUGACAAAUAUAUAGGCUGGCAAGUGGUGCCACUCCUCCUCAACCACUCUCCAAACCUAGAGACUUUAGUCAUCAAGGGUCUUGUCCACCAAGUUACAGAUAUGUGCGGAGAUGCCUGCGCUUGCAUCCCUACGAGGAGGACGAAGAAGAAGAUGAAGAUGGAUGAGGGAGUACGCUGCUGUUUAUCGACAUGUCAAGUGAAGGUGCUAACUAUUUCAGGGUAUCAAGGUACUUGUAGAGAGUUGAAACAGAUGAGGCAUUUCUUGGCAAAUUUGAAAUGUCUUGAAACUGUCAAGGUUUGUGUUAAAGUGAGUCGCCGGAAAGAAAACGAUGCCGACAAUAAGUACCUGAGGAUCACCGAUGCUCUUAGGAAGCUUGCUCUUAGGAAGCUUCCCAGAGUCUCAUCAAACUGUCAGAUCCAUUGCUUUUGACCUUCUCGUUUCCUCCUUUUAUUUAAUUUGUUGCUAAAACGACUCGCUUUAACUGCAUAAAAAGUGUAAAAAUAGAGAUGAAUAUUAUGUACAAAUUUUAUAG